AAUAACUCAAAUACAACCAGUACUCAAGAUCUCAACUCGUCAAGCCUGACUGAAUAUAACUGGCCAUUAAUUAAUCUUAUAAUACAUGAAGGAGGUAUCCUCGUCCAUGAAGACGAUUAAAAUCAAUAAGGAGUGAAUAGUUAGUGCAGAGGAAAGGAUUGAAUUAUACAAGGAAUAUUUCAGCAAAACAAUGAGAAAUUCAAUACAAUAUGGAAAAAUAAAACAAUAAAAAUUUAUUCAGGACAAUUAAAUCCAGUACAAAACAGGAUAAUUUGCUGCAAUAAGGAAGAUCAGGAAGUCAUUAAUCAUAUAUUAAUCCAAGAUGAUUCGUGCUCGAUAUCGCUACACAAACCUUGGAACAAUAUUUGUUACGACAUGGGCAGUAAUCUAUUUUUUCUUUAUUUUGUUGUGGAUCAACUUUAUCCCAAACAAGGAAGAUGAAACAGAAGCAAGUAUCAAAGAAACACUUAAAAACAUGGACUCAAUGGUGCACGAACAUGAGGAUACAGAGGUGAAACAAAUGCAGUUACGAUUUUUUGGAGACAAUGGCGACAAAUUGGAACACACCACAACUACAGAGCCAUUUCAGGAUUUAGAUGAACUAUCGCAGAAUAUAAAUAUGGGUGAAUUAUCAAAAUUCCAGGAUCUAGUUUCCUGGGCUGGAAUGGAACCUAAAGCCGUAAUUUACAUCAUUUAUUCUAGACUACAAAAGAUGAGAAUGUUAUUAGAAUCAUUACAAGCAAACUUUCUGACUAAUUUUCGCUACCCUAUAGUUGUUUUUUAUGAAAAGAAAAAAAUGGGUGACAUUCCGCAUAUUCGUUCAUUUUUGGAUUCACAAUACAGGAUAUUUUUCCAAAUAGUUAAAUUUGAAACUCCAUCUUUUAUUACUAAAGAAAUAGUAAUUAAUCCAAUGUGUAACUAUCCUGUAAGCUAUCGACAUAUGUUACGAUUUCAAUCGAAAACUGUAUACCAACAGCCGAUAUUAAAAGGAAUGGAGUAUUACUGGCGAUUGGACGAUGACUCAGAAGUAGCCGCACCAAUAAAAUUUGACAUCUUCAAAUAUAUGAAAGAGAAUAAGCUGCAAUAUGGAUAUCAAAUACAAACGUAUGACAACGGUUAUUGUUCGGGAACUUUCUCAGAAGCUAUUAAAAAAUACAAGAGAAUGAAUCAUAUAACUCCAUCAUUCGAGCUAGAAACAUUGCGGAUUUACUUCACAAAUUUUGAAGUAGCUAGUUUUGAAUUUUGGCAUUCCAAAAAUUACACCAAUUUCAUAGAAUAUAUUGAUCAAUUAGGGGGAAUAUAUUACGAAAGAUGGAGUGACGCAGCUAUAAAAAGUCAAGCACUUUCGAUGUUUAUGCCAGAAAAUAAAAUUCAUCAGUUUAUUGAUGUGCCAUACAGACAUGUAAAUUAUGAAAAUUAUGGUGUGGAUUCUGAUGGUAAUGCUCUUGAUUGAUGAAGACAAAUCAAUCUGUAGUACUCCCACUUCCAUUCCCUCGUUAGGUGUCAUAUAAAUACAGCCAUGAAGAUGUUAUUGUAAGAAGGAUGAUUAUUGAAGAGGGGAAUGCAAAAUGAGUGGCUGAGACAUGAUGAUAGGAAACCAACAAACCUGACUUAGAAGUUUUCAACCUAUCUAGAGAGGCAAAAAUAUCCAGUUUGUAUGAUUGUAAACAUCUGAUACCAUUUAAUAAUGUUGGCUAUGAUACUGUAGUUCUAUCAUCAAACAAUAUUAAACUUUCUCUUCAUGACAUUAACAGUUGAACAAUAUCAACAUUGAUUAUGAAAAUGAUUUUUACUAAUCAAGCUGAUAAAACUUUCUCAUAAUGACAAAUCAUGUUUAAGCAUAGAUAUGAAGUACUAUUGUAAAACACUAACAUUUCACUGGCAUCUUUGUUUUAUUAAAAGAAUUCAAUCAUGUUGAACAAAAAUGUUGCAACUGUAUGAGUAUGGGUCAUGCCAUUCAUCAUUCUCAAAAUGGACUUGAAUUGAUAAAGCCUCCAGUAAGACAAAAAAAGGUGUACAAAGGUAUUUACAAAGGUAUCAAAGGUGUUCCAAUUA